AUGACCGAUCUGGAACAAGGUACAGGAGGCCCCUCGACGACUCGACCUUCGCGCGUCAACUCGCUGGCGUCGUCGUUCAAUUCGCCGGCCCGACGGCUGCGUGCUUCUUCAUCCUCCUCCGCAUCAGGAUCGGGAUCGGGAUCGGGAUCGGGAUCGGCCCCACACGCCCAUGAGAGCACCCCUUUGCUCUCGGGGGCCCCCUUGCCCCAACGCCCAUCGUACCGCAAACGAGCGCUUUCGAAAUCGAUCGUCGUCGAGUCCAAUUCGAAUCGGUACUGGACCCGAGUCGCGGUCGGUGGACUCGGUCUCGUGCUGCUCGUGACCGGGGUGGUGCUCAUCAUUCUCCGAAGUGAGGGCAAGCUGGGCGGAUCGAGGGGCGACUCGGGCGACUCGGACGGUGCACCGAAUGAUACACCCGACUAUAGUCGAUUGCCACCUGCGAAACCGGGGCUGAGGAACGCCAACUACCUCGUCAGCGGCCGCAACGGCGCUGUUGCUACCGAGGUCGAUAUCUGCUCCAACAUCGGCGUCGAUGGUACGCCCAUACCUCUCAGCGAUUGUCAUACCAUUAGGGAACCUACGCUCAAUCUGCUCUCUUUCCUCAUCCCCUCUUCGCGAUCGAUAGUCCUCAAGGAGAAUGGAACGGCGACGGACGCGGCGAUCGCUUCGGCCAUCUGCAUCGGUGUCACAAACAUGUUCAGUGCAGGCAUCGGUGGUGGAGGGUGAGUAGCCAUGGCCCAGGCCAAUUUCCACUUCCUCUAAUCGCUGCUGUAGCGACGCUGACGUGAUUUUGUCACGCGGCUGGUGCCCCACAUGUCCCCUUCAGAUUCAUGGUCAUCCGCCCUUCCACGUCUCAUGCAAACUUCAACCCGCGGUGCACUGAACCGAUCGCGAUCGACUUCCGUGAAACGGCACCUUCUGGCUCGUCUGCGACGAUGUUCUUCCCGCGACCGGACGACCCGAGCUUCGAUGCCGCCCGAGCGUCCAAGAUCGGUGGUCUCGCCGUAGGCGUACCCGGUGAACUGCGCGGUCUAGAGGCAGCUUACGAGCGGUGUGGAGGAGGUGUCACUUGGGAACGCUUGUUCGCACCUUCGGUCGAGUUGGCGAGAAAGUCCAAGGUAGGAAGGGAGUUGGCGAGACGACUGAACGCGGCUCCGUUCGGUGGGGCGAGCAUGGGAGCUUGGAUGCUAGAGGAGGAGGACUGGCGAGCGAUCUUCGCACCGCGCGGGGAACUGCUCAAGGAGGGAGAGAUUUUGAGGAGGGAGGCGUAUGCCAACACCUUGGAGACAAUUAGCCAGCAGGGAGCAGGAGUCUUUUACGAGGUGCGUUCCUUACGUUCGGCUCUUACCAAGCUUUACAUUUGAGAGGCUGACCACGGUUUCCUCUUCUGAGCAGGGCGAGUUUGCGGAGUCGAUGGUUGCUUCGGUACGAGCCGCAGGCGGCAUCUUGACCGUCGACGACAUGCGUAGCUAUUCUGCUAUCGUCCUCCCGGCUCGACAGGAGACCUAUCGUAACCGGACUUAUUACACCGGUCACUACCCAUCGGGGGGGCCGAUCAUCACCCACCUCUUGAACGUCCUGGAGGGAUUCCCGAAAUACAUCGAUGAAGGAAGAACUGGGUUGUCGACGCAUCGGUUUGUCGAGGCUCUCAAGUGUGAGUGCAGUAGAACCUUGGGGAAACUGGUACAUACACUAAGUUAAGGUUUCGCAAUCUCGUACGAGCCGUAGUCGCCUUUGGUGCCCGAACCGAAGUCGGUGAUCCUGCGUACACCAAGAAUUCGCACCGCUUGUCCGAAAUCCCGACGCGGGGAUAUGCCGACCGAGUCCGCGCCAACAUCACCGACGAGCGCACGCACACCCUGGAGUACUACCACCCUCACUUCGACAUCAAGGAGGACCACGGGACGACGCACCUUAGUACGGUUGAUCGGUGGGGCAGUUCGGUCAGCUUGACGAGUACGGUCAACCUCAUCUUUGGAUCGAGGGUCAUGGACAAGAAGACGGGUGUGAUCAUGAAUGACGAGAUGGACGAUUUCGCCACACCGGGAAUUCAGGAUGCGUUCGGCCUAAGACGUGAGUGGUGGCCGCAGAAUUGUUGAGUACCUUAAGAUGUGGCGAGGCUAACUAUUGGGACGUCGUCGCACAGCCUCUCCCUUCAAUUACCCCGCACCGGGUAAGCGUCCCUUAUCGUCCACCGCGCCGGUGAUCAUGGAUUCGCCCGACGGCGAAGUGUGGCUCUCGCUGGGUGGAUCAGGUGGAUCUCGCAUUUUUGGCGCCGUUGCUCAAGUUCUGCUCAACUUGGACUUUGGAUACGAUCUUGGGAACGCCGUUGAACAAUCCCGAGUGCACGAUCAGCUGUCUCCGGCUUACGUCUCGAUCGAGAGUGGGUUUAGGGAGGAUCUGAUCGAGGCUCUCAAAGAGAGAGGCCAUAAUACCACGUGAGUUUGAUGAGCGACCUCAUGAGUGAUUUGUGUUGGCUUGGAGCUGAUCCAAUUGCUUCCCUGGGCCUAUCCAGCGUCUUUGAUGUCAAUCUUGGGAUCGCCGAAGUACAAGCCGUGAUGCGUGAUUCGAGCGGCCGCUUCUUUGCUACAUCCGACUCGAGGAAGAACGGUAUCCCGGCGGCGUAUUGA